CCUCACUCGACUCCGAUGCUGUGAACUGUAAGCUCAUCCUUCAGGGACUCAGACGAUUAACAUCCCUUCCCCUGCCGGGCAGCGGGUCUGUCCCAGAUCUCGGCCGAUCGGCCCUUCCACGGCGUGCCUUUUCUGAAGAAGCUUUAGAACCACGUUUACCGUAAAGAAAGGUUGGAGAAGGCAGGCGGGUGAGUGAUUGUCACAGCUGUGUUCACACUUCUUCCCUGACCUUUAGUGUUUCAGGUGCAGCAAGCUGUAGGCGUUGUUAUGGUACUUGGUUAUGUAUUUUUUUCUUGUCUUUGCAAAGGAAUCGCAUUUUUUGUUUAUUGCAAUGUAUUUGAUUGCAAUUUUGUGUAAACUCGUUAAUUCUCUUUAUGAGAUUUAUUACAUGGUAAAUUAUAUUGCUUUACACACACACACACACAAUACUCAUGGAAAAAGGAAAAGGAAGUUUCAGCAUUUCGUCCCUGCCCCUGUUUUGCGGGCUGCUGGUCACCACCUCACUGGCUCCUGCUCCGGGGACGAUGGCAUCGGUGCCUUCCAUUGGAUGCCUUCUGGCCAAAACCCAGCAUUAUCGAAAAGCCAGUGUUUCUUCAGGCACCUCUUUAACUGGCUCUGAUUCUGUUCACUUCGUAGAUGAUGACAAAUCCCAGCAAGGGUUACCUGAAGUGGCAGAAUCCACCUGGUGGUUUAAAUCCUUUUUCCAGUCUGAACCUGUGCUUUCAAAUGUAAAAAGAGAAGACCAGGCUGCUUGUGGCGGGAAUGGAUCGGGAAUCAGAGGCAAGGUUCUAAAUUUGUUUUUCCAACCUACAGGAACAAAUAACAAUUAUCUACUCCAAUAAAAGGAAUCACAGCUCCUCAGGGAAAUGGGUGAUCCCAGGACAGGUAAGAAACAGUAAGAGACAAUCCUGGACCAUUUCAUGAUGCCAAAAAGAUAGAAAUGCCCCUGAGAUGAUGGGAAUGUGUCAAAAUGACACAGGAACGAACCGGGUAAAUCUGGGACUAUUUCAGCAGUAAAGUAAUGAUAAUAAUAGACAAUUGCCUGUAGAAUAAAAUAAAGUCCAUUAAUCUAUUUAGAUAUAAAAAAUACUUGAAUGAACAAAUACAUGAGAGAGAAGGAAAAGCUCUUUCUUGCAGUGGAAUUCCAAUUUAUAAACGUAGAAGGAAUGAUGGAGAAUCCUUAUAUGACAAACACACCAGCAACAGUUGUUCCAGGCAAGAAUUACCCCAGGACUCUAAAAUAAAUGGGCACAAGUGUGAGAAACAAGAUAUCACAGGCUCUCAGAGUAUCUCCCCAUAAAGUACCUAAGAAUCACAAAGGGGAAAAAUAGUAACUUUCUAACGGAAAAACCUGUCAGACAAGCCUGAACAAAAACAAACAGAAAACAGUGAGCUAGUUGCUGGCUGUCCUAGACAAUCCUGCUAGGUCCCACUGCUGGUCUGGACUGGCCUCUGUCUGGGCACCAAUUACCAGCCAGAAGCUGGCAUUUGUGGGUUUGUACACAACACAUUUUGAACUCUGUAUCAUACUGAAUAGCACAGUUGUUAUUCUAAUGGUUUUUAAAAAGUGACUGUGUUGUUUUUUACACCCUUUACUAAUGACUAGCUACUAAUUGGGAUAAAAAGAGUAAAUAACAAUGCAGUCCAUAGAUUCUAAUGUUAAAACAUCAGUGUUUUGAUACAUUUUCCACAGAAUCAAAUAAAGACGAUACUUUGUAAAAUCAAAGUAAGGCCAGUUGUUGAAAAGAUGUAUUCUUUACUCUAUCAAGUAUAGUGAUUUGAAUUAUUUAGCCAGUUACAAGCCAGAAGACCACCCGUGGAGGCCCUGCCCCUGGGAACCGCACCCUUCAGCACCCAAGCUACUCCCAAUGAC